AUGACCCUUCUCGACGACCCUCUAAACCUCAACCAAUACAAAACAACUAUAUCCGAACCAAAAAAGAACUGGGUCUACUCUUCCAAUAAAAAGAAAAAGCUCACAGGGUUUUACAAAGACCAAAAUGAAAUGAUCGAGUGCUUCCUCAGCGCGAGCGAAGAAGAGCGCCUCAAAGCCGAAGACGAAGCCCAAAACGGCGGCAAAGUAAAGCUCGCCGUGCGCGCCAGCUUCACAGUCAACUUCUUCCUCUUCGUGAUCCAACUCUACGCAGCCAUCACCACGGGCUCUCUAGCCCUCUUCGCCACAGCCGCAGACGCCUUCAUGGACCUCGUCUCGUCGCUCGUUAUGCUCGUCACAUCACGCAUAUCCUCGCGUCCAAAGCCAUACAAGUACCCCGUCGGACGACGCCGCGUCGAAACAAUGGGAGUCAUCAUGUUCUGUGCGUUGAUGACCAUCGUCGCGGUGGAGCUGAUUAUUGAAUCUGCCAAGGCUCUUGCGGCCGGCAAGACUGAGUCUGAGCAGCUGCAUAUCGUGCCGCUGAUUUGUGUGGGGAUUGCUAUCUUCUCCAAGUUAUGUAUGUGUAUCUACUGCUAUGGCUUGCGUCGGUAUCCGGCUGCUCAUGUCUUUUACAUUGAUCACCGUAAUGAUCUGGUUGUUAAUGGGUUUGGGUUGGUCAUGUCGGUUGUUGGUGACCGAUUUGUUUGGUAUCUUGAUCCCGUGGGUGCGUGCUGUAUUGCGCUGCUUAUCCUGUUCUCGUGGGCGUCGACUGCGUUUGAGAAUAUGUGGUUGAUUGUGGGCAAAUGUGCUCCGCGGGAAUUUGUGAAUAAGUGUAUCUAUGUGACACUGACUCAUGAUCAGAGGAUUCAGAAGGUGGAUACGUGUCGCGCUUAUCAUUCCGGACAGCAACUCUAUGUCGAGGUUGAUAUCGUCAUGGACCCUGAGACUAAGCUUCGGGAGUCUCACGAUGUAAGCCAAGCGUUGCAGCGUAAAUUGGAAGGUCUCGCGGAUGUCGAGCGGGCCUUUGUGCAUGUCGAUUAUGAUUACAUGCAUGAUGUCAAUGAGGAACACAGACCGCUGUAUGAUAUUGGUGGAGCGAAACAUUCCAUCCGAGCUUUGGUGAAACGAUUAUGGUCUAAAAGCGAAAAGCAGACCGAUGGAAAUGCUGUGUGA